AUGUCGUCGAUGAAGACGACGACGCGUGCGAUGACGGAGAACAAACGGCAUCAUCCUCGCGUCGCCAACGAACGACGAAAAGGAGGACGACGAGAAAAGUCCAAUUCCUUUGUGCAACGAGUGAGCAUUUUAGACGAUGCGGACACAGAGGAAAACGAACAGUUGGACGAACUGGUUUCCAGACGAAUCAAGAAAUCUCGUUCGACUGGGCGGUUAGACUUGACGGGAUUGGACUUGACGGAAUUUCCGAUGGAAAUAUUCGACGUUACGAACGACGAUGCGCCUUUGACGGACUUGCAAAUAUCAAACAACAGGAUAUACCACAUACCGGAUGAAAUAGGGGAUUUGCAACUGCUCGAACGAUUAGGAUUAGCCGGGAAUAGAUUGACGAAGCUACCGGAAUCCGUAGGAAAAUUGAAGAGAUUGCAAGGAUUAUGGGCGCAUGGAAACUUAUUGAAGAGCUUACCGGAGUCCAUAUGCAGUUGCCAAUCUUUGCGAAACCUCUCCGUCGCCGGGAACCGGAUACGAAAGUUACCGGAAAAUCUUUCCCAACUCGUCGCUUUGGAAGAACUGAGCGUACCUGGAAAUCAACUGCUUGAAUUACCAAACCUAGGAAAGAUGUUUAAUCUUUCCGAUAUCGAUUUGCACGGCAAUUGCAUCGAAGAUCUAUCCGCCAACGGGAACGAUUUUCAGUUUUUGAAAGCGUUGGAGACUUUCAGUUUACAAGGAAACAGGUUGAAAAGCAUUCCUGGGUCGUUGGGUAAUUUGAAGCGAUUACGAAGCUUGAACCUUGCGGAGAACAGAAUUCAACAAGUGCCGGAAGAGUUGAGGAAUUUACCAGUUCUCACGUCCGUGUGGUUGUACUCGAACGAUUUGCGUUCCCUACCGAAAGAACUUCAAAAAUCCCAAUCUUUGCGACAGUUGUGGAUUGAAAACAACGAAAAUUUAGAUAAAAGUGAACUCGAAGCGUUUAUUCAAAACAUGAAAGAUGCGAGAAUGCUGAAGACUUUAGGAAUAGAUACAGAGCAAGCUCGAAAAAUAGGCGGUGGUUUCGAAAAUAUGAGCGCAAUUACCGUCGCGGAAGUUCCGAAUCGAAGCGAUAACGCGGGGUAUUUUAAACUCGUGAAAUGGGAUGGUAAUAGAUCAGCUUUAGAUGAUUCCAAAAGAGCCCCUGUCUUGAUCGUAUCAUUUGGUAGCGCGCCAGGAGUGCCUAACUGGGGCGGUUUGUUGAAGAAAUUGCGGAAAAGAGUUGGGGAAAGCGAAGGAAAGAGCUACGACGUCUUGUACGUCUGCGACGUGGAAAGAAGUUGGUACGCGGGGAACAAAAUGACUGGAAACGUUGAAGACGAAGUGAGUAAACGGAGCAAACGAUUAGAAGAUAUAUGCUCGAAAUAUUCGAAAGUUUUAUAUCUCGGCGACUCGAUGGGUGCGACUGCAUCUUUAGCGUUCGCCGAGCACGCGACGAGAGUUUUAGCGUUUUGCCCUCAAGUAGAUUUAUUCGCCGCGAGUAUUCGACCAUCGAGGAGUGCAAAUUGGAUGCGACAAUAUAAGACGCUCUUACUUCAAGGAGCGCUGAAGAGCGGAGCAGAUAUCACUAUUCACACCGGAAGUUGGACACACGACGUCGAUCAAGCUUCGAUUGUAGUUUAUGCUUCAGAAAAACAAGCAGAGGAUGCGGCUACAAAAAGAAAGAAAAGAAUAAAGACGAAGAUGCAUCCGGUGAACAAUCACAGACUCGCGCUCGUCCUUUCCGACGGCGACGAACUCGUUAAUAUCGUUAAAGAAGCUUUCGAAACAGAAUAUGUGAAUGCUAUCGCCAGCGGUUCCGGCAUGGAAAAAAAUUCAGCGGCGACUUUAAAGUUAUUAGGACUCGCUUAA